CGCUGCAUUCGGUCGCGUGAAGCGGUUCUUGGCUGAUGUGAUUGUGAUGUGCGGAGCGCUAGCGAUCGAAACGGAAAUUUGAAGGGCGCCAGACUCGAUUCGAUUUAAAUUUAAAAUUUCGAAAAUACCAAUUCGCGUUUGCACGUUCAAUUGAUGCUGUGAAGAUGCAAGCGUAAAAGUGCAAAAUUCUUGGAUGCAAGCCCAACGAAAUCGAUUAGAAAGAAAGUAAAUAUUCAGAAAAAAGAACUCACCGAAAAAAAAAGAAAGCGAUACAAAGAAAAAAGUGCAAGAUGAGUGGAGACCUAUUCCACCGAAGAUGGAUGGGUCAGUCCCUGAUAAUGAUCCUGAUCCUGUUUACGAUCGCGAUAUCCACCCAUGGCUAUAACAUCGAUCUGCCCAGUUACGUCCGAUUCCGACAGACCCCCAACUCGAUGUUCGGGUUUAGCAUUGCGAUGCACAAGGCUCGAGGUGGAUUCUACAGCAAUCAGAAUAAUGUCAGCUUGAUCGUUGGAGCUCCCAAAUUCGAUACAUCCCGUUACCAGCAGGGCGUGUUGGAGGCCGGCGGUGUUUUCAAAUGCAGCCUGAACGAUGACGACUGCAAACUGGUGCCAUUCGACUCCAAAGGCAACAAUCGAAAUGUGGAUAAGGAGGUCGUGGACAGGAAAUCCUAUCAAUGGUUAGGCGCUACGGUGGCCACUAGUCGGGAUAGUGACUUGGUUGUGGCCUGUGCACCGCGCUAUGUGUUCCACACGAUGACGCCAUCGAAGGCGUUCCGCAUUGAUCCCGUGGGCACCUGCUUCACCUCGCACAACUUCGAGCAGUUCUACGAGGUCUCCCCCUGCCGGACAAACAACUGGGGUUAUCAUCGCCAGGGCUCGUGUCAGGCUGGAUUUAGUGCAGCGAUCAACGGUAAUGGAUCGCGCUUGUUCAUUGGCGCACCUGGCAGUUGGUACUGGCAAGGACAAACCUACUCGAUACCGCCCGAUGCCGAGUUUCCAUUUAAGCCGCCUCUUUAUCAGCCCUUCGGCACUGGAGGUAUGACCAGUUCCCACGAUGUGACCAGGCCGGAGAAUCAGGUGUUCUCCACCUCGGAAAGCGCCUCGGUGAAUGAUGACUCCUACUUGGGUUACUCGAUGGUCACCGGUGAUUUCGAUGGGGAUCGCAGCGAGGAUGUGGCCAUUGGCAUGCCUCGGGGUGGUAAUCUCGUUGGACGGAUCGUUGUGAAUCGCUGGAACAUGGCGAAUAUCUUCAAUAUCACGGGUCGCCAGAUUGGUGAGUACUUUGGCUACUCCUUGGCGACCAGCGAUGUGGAUGGCGAUGGUCUGGAUGAUCUGCUCAUCGGUGCGCCCAUGUACACGGAUCCCGAAAAUGUGGAGGGCAAGUACGAUGUGGGCAGGGUGUAUAUCCUGCUGCAGGGAGGUCCCAGCGAGGAGAAACGCUGGACCACGGAGCACAUUCGCGAUGGAUUGCGCAGCAAGGGAAGAUUUGGCCUGGCCCUGACCACACUGGGCGAUGUGAAUGGCGAUGGCUACGGGGACUUUGCAGUGGGUGCCCCCUAUGAUGGACCCGAGGGUCGUGGCGUGGUCUACAUCUUCCAUGGAUCGCCGCUGGGUCCACUGGCCAAACCAUCACAGAUCAUCCAGUCGGAACAGAUUGUGGAGGGAGCGCCCUAUCCGAAAACCUUUGGCUUCGCCCUCUCCGGUGGCCUCGAUAUGGACGGAAAUACCUAUCCAGAUCUGGCCGUGGGUGCCUACAGUUCCGGCCAGGUGUUCAUCUUCAAGUCCCGUCCAGUGGCCGCCGUCAAUGCCGAGACCAGUUUUGCCAGCAACUCGAAGCUCAUUAGCCUGGACGAUCGCAGUUGCCAGCUGCUGAGGGAUCAGAAGAAGGUGCCCUGCAUGCUCCUGACCACCUGCUGGAGCUACACCGGUCGCUAUCUUCCCGAGCAACUGGACUUCGAUGUGUCCUGGCUGCUGGAUGCCAAGAAGCUGCCCAAUCCGCGCAUGUUCUUCCUGCGGGACGAGGGCAAGAAUAUCAGAAAUCAAACCAUCCGGCUGAACUAUGGCCAGAGGUUCUGUCUCAAUGAGACUGUCUAUCUGCUGGACAAGGUGCAGGAUAAGUUGACCCCUCUGGAGGUCGAGGCCCGCUACAAUCUGCGCAGCAGUCGCCCCAUGGAUCCCAUGGUUCGGCAAAGGCGGAGCAUCCUGGAACCGGUGAUCGAUCAGAACCGCGAGAUCGUCCUUAGGGAUGCCAUCAACAUUCAGAAGAACUGUGGUCCCGACAACAUCUGCGAACCGGAUCUCAAGCUCGAAGUCACAACUGUGGACAAGUAUCUUUUUGGCUCACCCGAACCCUUAGUCAUCGACGUUCUCAUCUCGAACACCAAUGAGGAUGCCUUCGAGGCAGCCUUCUACAUGGUAACCCCGCCGGAUCUUCAAUACAGGAAGGUUGAGCAGCUGGGCGCGAAAAAGGACACGCCCAUCUCCUGCUCGGCGCCCACUCCGGAGAACAAUCACACGCUCAAGUGCGACAUUGGAAAUCCCUUGGAGUCGGGAAAAAUUGCCCACUUCAAGAUCAUUUUGGUGCCGGAGGAGAAGUACGGCAGCUCCUCCAGCUACGACUUCUAUUGGGAGGCCAACUCGACGAAUCUGGAGAAGCCGGGCUCCGACUACGACAACAAGAUCCGCCAGAGCGUGGGCAUUUGGGUGGACACGGACCUGGACAUCAAGGGUACCUCCCUGCCCGACUACCAGCUGUACAAGGCCGACGACUACAAUGUGCUGAACAAUGCCACCAAGGAGGAGGAGAUUGGACCCCAGGUGGUGCACAUCUAUGAGAUCCGCAACAACCGUCCCUCGAUCAUCGAGCAGGCGGAGGUCAAUAUCCAUCUGCCCUACGAGACCAUCAAUGGGGAUGCCCUUAUGUACCUGCUAAAUCAACCGGAGACCGGCGGCAAGAUCCAAUGCGACCAGGUGGCGGUCAACGAGUACAAUCUCCAGCUGGACGAGAAGCUGGUGAGGAAAUCAUAUCUGCAGGCACAGGGUGCCAUUUCGAAUUCGGUUCAGGUCUCUGGACAAUCGGCAAGCUCAUCGGGCUGGGCAACAGCCGAAUCUGGAGCUGGUGGCCAUGUGGAGAAGGCCCAAGGCCAGGGAUUCGUGCAGGGUGUUAUAGUUAGCAACACCACGGAUGCUGGCAACAGAUUGACACCCAAACAGGUGCAGGAACGUUUGGAUGAGGAUAAGCAGGAAUCGAUUGGAGAUGCCUCCAUCAUUCAUCGUGAUCGCGCCAGUCUGGCGGUCCAGGAGCCCAGGAUAAAUCAGACCAGCUUUUCCACCUUCUCCACCAGUAGCUCCUCGUCGGGCUUGGGUUCAGGUGCUCCGUCUGCCCAGCUGCGUGGUCACAGCACCCAGGGUCACAUCCAGAUGGCCAGACCCGUAGAGCAAUCCAGUAGCUCCAGCAGCUCCACUGGCUCCUCAAACUACCGCACUUGGCCAAGCCAACAGCAGCAGCAACAGCAGCAGCAGCAGCAGCAUCAGCAAAUCCUCUUGGCGGGUUCCGGAGGAACUGGUGGACUGGGAUCCCCCGUUAGCUUCAGCGAUAAAUCCCAAUUUGGCGGUCGCAAUGGCAACUUCCAUGCCGGAGGCUUCGAUCUGGGCACCCUCAACCGAGGCAAUGUGGACAGCGAGCUGUACAGGAGUCAGCAGCAAUACCAGAAUCCCAGCCAGAGCCUGGGCCAAAGCCAGGGACAGUACUCCAGUGGCAACCAGGGGCACUACCAGGGUCAGCAACAGGCCCAGUUCCAGGCGGGACAUCCGCAGCAGACAUCCUACCAGGGCCAGACCCAAUACAGUAGCAGUGGCGUACCCGGUGGCUAUCAGACCCACCAUGUGACCUACUCCUCGGGCAGCAAGCCCUACUACGGCCGGGAGAACGAGGACUUCUACGACGACGACAACCUGCAGCAGGCAACUCCAGGCCAUUGGAGCAGCAGCAGCAGCAGUAGCUCCAGUUCGAGCAGCUCCGGUGGUCCACGUCGCCUGCGGAGAUCCAAUGAGGCGGCAGAGGAAGCCGGCGCAGAGCAGCCCCACCAGAUCGAUCUGAACUCACCCUGCAAGUCGGCCAAGUGCAAGACCAUCCGGUGUGUGGUCACCAAUCUGGGCACCGAGGACGGCGACGCCGCCUUCGUGGCCAUCCGGGCACGCAUGGUGGCCAAAACGAUGGAGAAGCUGGCCUCGAAUGUGCCGCUCAAUGUGUCCACACUGGCGGUGGCCAAUGUCGUCCUGCUGCCCUUCAUCGGAGCCCCAAAGGAUCCGAUCAUCAAGACGCACGAAAUCUUCUACAAGGCGGAACCGGAACCCCUGCAGGAGCCCGAAAUGGUGCCCCUGUGGGUCGUCGUUUUGGCCGCCUGUGCCGGAGCACUCAUCUUCCUGCUGCUCGUCUGGCUGCUCUACAAGUGCGGCUUCUUUAAUCGCAACCGACCAACGGACCACUCGCAGGAACGCCAGCCACUUCGGAACGGAUACCACGGCGAUGAGCAUCUGUAGAGAGCACACAAAGUCCUCCAGCUAAACAAAAAAACGCAGCGAAAAUAGCAAGAGAAUUAACAAAACCACGAAAUACUUCUAACAUCGCACUAAACCAAAUCCAAACGUACUAAAAACAUCGAAACGGCUCUAAGACGAAAUGAAAUCGAGCGCUUAGUCGAGUUUAAAACAGGCGAUGUCGACUGGAGGUGCCAGUGGAUGAUAAUUCCCUACAAAUAGAUCACUUUUGGGUGAUAAUCCUGCUGCCUGAAAGAUACAAAUCUAAAAAUCGAGAGGGACAACAUUGUUGAAAAAAACAAUACAUUUAAACUUGCCUAGUCACGACACGAAGAACUUUCUAAUGCGUAAAGGUUUUUUAACUUUAACAAACAUAUUCGGGGGUGCUACAGAUAUCGCUAAGCGCUACGUACAUACAUCAAAAUAAACCCCACCCGAAUUCAGCGCUUGGCAAUUUCUGCGUCGGCCCCGAAGUAUGUAUAUUUUUUUUUGCAAUUUUUUAGACUUUUGUGUUUUUGUUUCAUUGCAAAAAUGUCGAAGAAAGUUAAACAAGUGCUAUAUUAAUCUGUACUAAAGAAGGGAACGAAUGGUAUAAGUCGAAAGGAACCUAGACUAAGUGAGUGAACGGCCCAAAUAUAUUGAAAUAUAUUGACUGAAUGAAAAUGAUGAGCGAAUGUGAGUGAUAGCCAAUAUGAAAAUAUCAAAGUUAUAAGUUCAGAAUCGAGAAACGGGGAGAAAAUAUAGCAAUGUGCUGCCCCAUACUGCCACACCCCCAUUUUUGGGCAGCAGCCGAGGCAUGGAAAUAAAUACAGAGAAAAUCCACACUUAUUAGGUGCUACUCUAAUUUUUUUUAAAAAUCUAUUAUCAAGUCUCUUUGGAAUAUUUGGCGUUUUUGUGCAGCGAAACCCCAUUUAUUUCUUGUGGACAAUUGUUUGCCAAACUCAAAGUUUGCCGGUUGGAGGAAAAGUUACAACGCCAAAAUGUGUUGAAAAAUGCAAAAGAAAUUAUAAAUAAAAAUAAUAAUUAAUCUAUGUAAUUCUUGAAUGUAAACUCUGUGUAAAUACUAAAAAUUAAAAAACAAGGAAGUGAAAGGGAGAACAGUUAAAUUGUUAUAUAUAAAUUAAUAUUGCAUUUAUUUCCUAAUUACAGUGGGAGAAGCGCUUACUGACUUCUUGCAGUGUACUCUUGAAAUAAAACCCCUGUCUGUACCACGUAACCCCCUACUAAAAAUUAGUCUCCUCCGCAGCGCACAUUUAGUUUAGUUCAAUUAUACGCUACGGAUUAAUUUAUUAACUGUACUUAUUAAUUAUUGAUUGCAGCCUUUUUUUUGCUAAUUACUGUAUUACAUUUAAUGAUUUACCAUAAAAUUACAAAUAAAAAUGACGGUCGAGUUGUAAAAAUAAA